CUCCUCAGUGAGCUCUUCCCUGUACUCUCCCUUCUCCUCCUUUGUUUCAAUAUUUAAUUGCAUUUAUUUUGGAAUUACUAGGCAACCCACCCCCAGAUGUAUAAUUUAAAGGUGAUGUGCUUGCAGUGAGAUUUUCAGGAUCUACUCACCAGAGCACCAUCAUGUGAUACUGGGAUAAGGUGGAGUUUGGCUUUAAGGGGGAGUCUCCAACCUUCCUGACAAAUCUUUAGGAUCUCAACUAGAGGAAUACCAGAGGAUCGUUUUCCUACUCCUUCUUCUCCGUUCAGCCUCCUGAGCCAAACCCUGAACACACCAAAGACGGAGAGAGCAUUUACAAGGAGGAGCCAGAGCUGCUAGUGCAUCCCCAGCUCGCUGGCUCUGCCCCAGAGAGGAGGCAGCCGCAGCUUCCAUCCCCAGCACACAGCUGCUUAAAAGAGUGUCUGCCACCAGUAAGAGACAAAGCCCUACUAGCUGAGAUUCAGGUGUUCAGAGUUCCUGAUUUGCCUUUGACUCAGUGCCAGUGAUGCUGUGUGCACUCAGCCGCUCAACAUCAAGUGUAUGUAUUAGGUGGUGCGAGGGAGAUGCGGAGCAGCUUUGGCCUCGGGUCUCCUGACCAGAUGAUGGGCCCGUUUUGAAGCCCAGGGGAGGUUUGGAUGAAAGUGGCGUCAGCAACUGUGAACGACUUAGAGAGGGUUGGAAACAACAUGAAUACUUCAAAUCUUGCUCCUCUGGGAAAUAUUUCCAGUCACUUGAAUUUUUCAGAGAAGAACUCGCAGGUGUUGCAGUUUGAGGAUGAGGAUUGCCAUGUGCCUUUGGCCAUGGUCUUCACUUUGGCCUUGGCUUACGGAACUGUGAUAAUUCUGGGAGUCUCUGGCAAUCUGGCCUUGAUUGUCAUUAUUUUAAAACAAAAGGAGAUGCGCAAUGUUACCAACAUCCUCAUUGUCAACCUCUCCUUCUCUGAUCUUCUAGUGACCAUCAUGUGUCUUCCCUUUACCUUUGUGUAUACUUUAAUGGACCAUUGGAUUUUUGGGGAGGCCAUGUGCAAAUUGAAUCCUUUCGUGCAGUGUGCCUCAAUCACCGUCUCGGUCUUUUCUUUAGUCCUCAUUGCCAUCGAACGCCAUCAGCUGAUCAUCAAUCCCCGUGGCUGGAGGCCGAACAACAGACAUGCCUACCUGGGGAUUGCUGCCAUAUGGAUUUUAGCUGCAGCUUCCUCUCUGCCGUUCCUGAUCUACCAUGUGUUAACAGAUGAACCUUUCAGAAACAUAACAUUUGAUGAAUAUAAGGACAAAUAUGUGUGUUUGGACCUGUUUCCAUUGGACUCUGCCAGGCUUUCUUAUACCACAACGCUAUUGGUGAUUCAGUACCUUGGACCACUUUGUUUUAUAUUUGUGUGCUACUUAAAGAUAUACAUACGAUUAAAAAAAAGGAACAACAUGAUGGACAAGAUGAGGGACAGUAAGUACAGAUCCUCUGAAACCAAAAGGAUCAACAUCAUGCUGAUCUCAAUAGUGGUCGCAUUUGCAGUUUGCUGGCUGCCUCUCACGAUCUUCAAUAUUGUGUUUGAUUGGAAUCAUGAGAUUCUGCCUGUUGCUACCUGCAGCCACAACCUUUUGUUCCUGAUUUGCCACCUCACCGCCAUGAUCUCUACCUGUGUGAACCCUAUCUUUUAUGGGUUUCUCAAUAAGAACUUCCAAAGGGACUUGCAGUUUUUAUUUCAUUUUUGUCAUUUCCGCUCCCGUGAGGAGGAUUAUGAGACCAUAGCUAUGUCCACCAUGCACACAGAUGUUUCAAAAACCUCUUUGAAGCAGGCAAGCCCAGUCGCAUUUAAAAAAAUAAAUAAUGAAGAUGACGACAAAAUAUAAAGAAGUAAUAAAAAUUCUACACCAACCUGCUAGAAGUGUGAUCACAGGCGAAGCGUGUCCAAGGACAAACACAAUUACAUAACAAGUAUGAAAUGGGGAAUGUUUUUCUGCUUUUUUACAAGGAACUUUGAUUGUUGUCCCUUUGAAAUUAUACGCUGUGCAUUUUUGCCCCUUUUAGUGCUUUAAUGUUCACAGCAGUUAUGUCUGAAUCUUAUUAUAAGAUGUAGUUGGACCUGCUACUAUGUAUGGUUUUCAUCAGUUGUCUUUUGUUCUGUUUUCUUUGUACACAAAGAUACAUUUACCACAAAGAUACAUUUAUUGAUAUUUUUCAAAGAAGUUGUGUUUGGGAGUGUCCAUCUAAGACCAUUAGAAACAACAUGAACUGCAGGAAAGCUGUCACAACAGAGGACACCCGUCCCAGCAUAAAAUUAGGGCAUUCUGAUCUGGGGAAUUAUUAUUAUUUUUCUUUUAAUCUCGCUUUUGGUCGAUGUUAAAAUCCUGUAAAAUCAGUGUAGGCACACAGAAAAUGAUUCUGUGAAACCUGUAGAAUAUGUUAAAUGGGGACAUGCACUUUGUCUCAUUCAUAGAGGCAAUUCAAGCUGUAAUCACUUAGGUUCAAAGACAGGAUUAAGAGUGAAAUUCUGUUCUCAUUUGUGAGAAUAAAACCCUACAGUAAUUCCACAGAGCACAAUGGGAUAACUCUGAUGUUUCACCACAGCAAAUGAAAGCACAAUUGGGCGUUCAAUCCCAACUGAUUAUAGCUGAUUUUAAUAACACAAGCUUUUUAAUUUAAAAAACUUAAAUCCCAUUUUCAUCUGCCAUUGCUGACAGGAAAUGUUGCUGGCGUGAAAUGUGUUAUACUCUCUGUCCCAAGGCUAUGAACUAUGUAAAUUCUUCUUGAGACCUACGUCCAGAAUCUAGAGGGAGAUGGAGCUGUUCACUCUCUGUACAAGGUAUAAUUACAUCCUCACAGGUGACAGUGAAAAAUCAGGUCUGGUAUUGAAAAAAUAAGCUUUAGCUAUGUGAGUCUUUUCAUAAUAAUUAGUGCUCAUCUAUAUAAAUUAUGUAUAGUCUUAUAAUAGUCUGUGUUCAGAUGCAAUGAUAUAGACCUGGAUUAUCUCCAAGACAAUGGAUCUGCAAAAUUAAAAGGAGGAUAUGGAUAUAGUUUGGGUGUAGUUGGUAUGUUUAGCUUCAAAACCCAUAGUUUCCACAGUUAGUUGAAGUAUGGAAAUAUUUGCCCAAUAUACACAGCAGAGCUUUGUGUGUUAAUGCUUAAAAUAUAUAUCUUCUAAUUACAGAAAAUAUGCAUGACUAGAUCCCCAGCUGAGGGAAACCCACAUAACUUGACUGCUGUAAAUGAAACUACAACAAUAUCAGCCAGCUGAGGUUCUGUGUCAUGCAGUGUACUUUGCUGUAUAAUCAAUGCAUUUUUUUAAUAAUUAGCUUUUUAAAAAACAAUAUGGACUGUACUUUCUUUUGACAAGGUCAUUUUAAACCAUUCUGGCAGAGCAGAGGUUUUUCAAAUGGAUAUAAAUGUAAAUGGAAAUCUGACCUGGUAUAUUGCUAAGCAAAAUUAUCUCAGGAUGUGAUGAUGAAUUUAAUAUACCUAAGAAAUGAAAAUUAUUUGGUUUGCCAGUAUUUAGAAGUCCAAAACUGUGCCUUGUGCUGUCUUAUAAAUAGUGUAGAAUAUUAAAGUAGCAAUUUGUUCUUGUGCAUUAUGGUUCCACGUAUUUCUCUACUGGCAGAUAAUUUAAUUAAAAAGAAUGUUUCUGUGGUUGAGAAAAGAGAAGAAAUGUAGAAAAUAAACUCUAAGAACUUUCAGAGCAUUGCCCUUUUGUAUUUUAUGAGGUUUACCUUUUCUUUGUGUUUCUCUAUGGAGUAUGUUGCUCAUAAUUUGGCAAGAGGCUUCUGAAAUUAUUCCCCUGUCAUUUUAUGAUAAUUUUCAUAUGUUAAAGGAUGUGUGAUUUCACAAAGGGGUACAAUGUAGAAACCUAGCUAUGUUUUUCUGUUAAGGAUGUAACAGUGGGUUUUUCACAUUAGAAAAAAAAAUCACCCCGAAAGUUAUGCUUUUUUCCCAUUUUUUGAAAAAAGCACUUUCUUCAAAUCCAAUGGAAGAAGAAAAUAGAAUUACUUGAAAAAGUUACCAGAUAUUGUGCUGGAAAUUUUUUAUCAGGCUGAAAUAAGUGUUUAUACAGAAUAGAUGUGUGAGGAUCUUUAGAGGAACCUGCUGGCUGGCACAUUGUCACACAAAUAGCAGAAGGGAUGCUGCUUGAACCGACAGUAGAAAUGAACACAGUGUAAAGAGUGUUCAGCAGGAAAAUGCAUUUGGGGGAUUUCAGAAGCAAAUUCAUUGGUCUUCUGAAGAAUUAUUAUGAGGACAAAGAUAAAAGCAGUCUCUCCAUUGUGCUGACCUGACAUCUGCAGGGCGUAGAUGACGUCUACUGAGAGCAGCAUGUUUAUCUUUGGUUUUAUGACUUGACACCGGAGUCCUCAAAAGCCACUGCAAACUUUCCCCUUCUGACACCUGGCUACAACACUAACCCUCUUUUUCACUUUCAGAGCUGCAGCACAAGUCUCAUCCUGUAUAUGCUAAAUUUCUUUACAGGCUAAGCUAUUGGGUUUCAUGUUUCUCUAUCAAUUUCUCUGUCAUUAGGGUUUGAUAUUUGUUCCUCCUAUGUGCUGUUUUUUCAAACUCCCCACACUUCAGCACAUGCUGAUUCCUAUCUCAAAAGCCUGGCUAUUCCUCUUAUUCUUCCAGACUGGUAGAAAAGUUUUACUGACAGUAAAACAGAACUCUGAGGGAUCUAUAAUGUAUCUUACUAUUUAUGUGCAAUACCUUUCAUGGCAAAUCUACAACCUUAAAUGACAAAUGCAAGUAUUUAGUAAACUUUAAUAUCUGCUUCAUUUGUUAGUUAUUUUAUCAUCUGAAAGUAUGAUAUCACAGACAUUUAAGUCUUGUGUAUAAUCUAAAUACACCCAUAUAUUUUUAUGACAUCUUAAUAAAUACUUCUGUACUCCUGUAUUGCUUUUAUCAACAUAUCUCUUGGCUGUGUCAUUGUCCCUAGGUACAGUAAUCCACAACUUUCUCACCUUCUUUUUUUAAAAAAGGAUAAUAAAAGAAGUGAUUAAUAGACAAUAAUACCGGCUUUUGUUAGGCUAGGAAAAAGCUGGAUAUUUAAAACAAAUAAACUUAACUCCGUUUUUUUCUAGCUCAUAAAGAAUUCAAACUUUUAAACCAGGGAAAGGGACUAAUAUGACAGGACCCCCCAGGUCACUUGAGCCAAUGCUGACUGCAUCUCAUCAUUGAUGAAGAUGUGAAGGGCUAAGAGUUCAUAUAUUCAGAAUUUUCUGUCUUGCAGUACAGUAUCAGAUAUUAUUAAUGAAUCCUAAAAGCAAAAUUUGAAACUAAUUCGUAAUCAGACUGUAAAUCAGCAUGCAUUUCAGCCCAAGCCUGUUCAUCAAAUUCUUAUUCUGACCUCAGGAAAAUGUUCUGAGAUUAAUUAAACUGGAGAAUUUGCUUAAUCAUUUGCCUAGGCACUCUGCUGAGUAAAAGUGCACUGCUGGCUGGCAGCUCACAUUCUUUCCUAAAGAUCAGAUUUUGGAUUACAGCUUGUUCUAGAAAGAAUUAAUGGUAUAUAGUUUUUUUUCCUGGAUUUUUUUCUGGACUCCUGGAGCCUGACAAUGUUUCAGUUUAAGGCUUUGCUCCCUAAUUCCUUGCAUCAAAGAAUUUACCAAACCAUUGCUGAGAGAAUGAAGACAAUAAGGAUUUUUUUUUCCUCUUCUUAUUUUUAAAGCAAAAUAAUAGUAGGAAACAUAAGCUUAAUGAACACCUCUGUCUGCAACAAAUUAAAUUCAUUCAGAUCAGUAGAAAGGGUGAAGAAAUAAUAAUUAUAAACAAAUGAUAAGUUUUGUUGACUGCCAUUUCUCAACUGAAAGAUAUGUACAGUUCCAAAAUCUACCAUGUCCUCUUCAUUCCUGUGUUAUUUAAUAUGUGGUAUUUGCUUUCCUGAGUCAUUACUAAAAAACAAGUAGUAACUAAAGUUGAUGUGAAUGAAAGUUAUUUUCUUCUGUCUUUGUUUUGCAGAAUUCAAAUGUUUGAUGAUUACAUGUAAGAAGAAACAAUAUGACUAGCUUUAAUCUCUUACACUUUAAUUAACCUGUGGUCAGAAAUAAUGUAUAUUCAAUAUUUCUGGCCAUGCAAAACAGUGUUUAAGGUCUAAUUGAAGUUAUAUUUCAAAUAUUACGGAGGGAUUUUAAGAAGGACUAACCUCAGCUGGAGGACAGCAGUCCGGUAGCAAUCCACGGGCAGUCACACCCGCUCUACUCUAGUUGUUGCUACAUGUCUACCAAAGUGUCUUUCUCUCAGUGGUCUCUACAGGUUGCUAAGGGAUGGCCAGCUUCCAGGGCCAGCACCAGGCCUAGUGACUACUGCCUCCACUCCUCCAUCUUCCAUGGUGCUUCCGCUCUCACUUCAUAAUUCAUACCCUUGGCAGAUGGUUUCUGAGGAAGUCAUAAGAAUUUUUACUCCGAUUUUGUAAAGUGCCUGAGUAUAGGAUAAAAUUCAACUCUAUUCAGGACAGUGCUUUAAAUAGUUUCUUCCAUUAAAAUUAUCCCGCAAGUUUCUGGGAAGCUAGUUUCUCAAAAUUUGUACUCUAUAGAAGUAGAUAAUUUACAGAUUCUAUGUAGGAAUUAUGUCUAUCUAGAACAUCCAGAUCAUUGUAGCAAAACUGACAGUACACACAGUUUAGUAUUUUCCAAAGGUAAUGAUCUGGUUAUGUGAUCUAGUUGCAAGAAAUUUGCACCAGAUGCAAAUUUGUUUGAGAUUGCUACACAAAGGAGGCUCUGCACAGUUAACUAACUUGCCACAAAUUAUGCAAAAUUUCUGAUAUAACAUGGGGUUUGGAAAAGAGCAAAAAAGCAGAACAUAUAGAUGAAGCCUUGAUGCAUUCUGUCAGAAACACACAAAAAGACUCAAAGGAGACUCAGACAUUUAUUUGAGGUUUGGGCAAAUAGACUAAUACACAAAUGUUUUUUUGGCAAAAUGGUGGCCAAAAAUAAUGUGUGAUUAGUAGCUUCUUUAUUCCUGUUUUGAGGAAAGGUAUACGGAUCUUUAUAAAUGACCGAAAAUGUAUUUUAAGAUUCUUCACUUUAUAUUAAUCUAGAUCUCUUUUUGAGAUGAAAGAAACAAAAUUUUUCUUCCACAAUCAAAAAUUAACAGCUUUUCAUUGCGCCCACUCACUGCACAUGAGUCUAUUUCCUUUCACUUUUGUACAACAUGGAGAGCGUUUGCUUAUAGCAGGAGGGGUAAUAUGAUCAACAGAGCUCUCCUUGUCUUUCUUCAAUUGUGUUUACACUGACACUGUUCUGCUGUUUUUCACUUUGCAAUCCUUUUUUCCCCCCCACAAACUAUGACUUUUUUAUUAUGCUAUUUAUAUUGUUUCUUAAUAAACACUCUCUGUGAAAAGAUGUUCUUAAAAGAUCCUAUUCAAUGUGUACUUGAACAUAUGGGUGAAAGGCCUUGCAGAAUUUGUAGAAAUGUGACUGACAAUGUGAUGAUGUUUCAGGCGAUAGGGAACAAGAAAAUAUAUUUGUUGCACACCACUAUUCAGACCUUUUCUUUUAAAGCUUUUGUUAUAACUUUAACUCAUGUAAUCUAGAUGUAAGCUAAGUUUAUGUAUCUAGUGACUCCUCUUGGUGACUGUCCUCCAGAGACAUCCAUCUGGUAGGAGACACAACUUAUUUCCUUACCCAUGGCCCUCAUGGUUUGCC